AUGGAAUUUUUUGUGGAUUGGGCGCUGUGGCUGAAAAUGUGCUUUCUGCCGCAAGGGAAGAAGCAGCUCAGGCCGGCAAGUCUGGGAUCAAAAUCGACUCUUACAUUUCCCGUCACUCCUCUUCCCUCCAGAGGCGGAUCCGACUACUUGGCACCCAGAACAGCGACUCUUGGCUGUCGCAAGCUGGCUUCUGUCAGCUCACCCUUGCCCUAUCCUGAAUCUCAUGAUAGUGCGAAUGUGUCGAGUUCGGGGAUCAAUGGCAGACGGGCGAAGAGUGAUUUUUUUCAUAGGAACGAGCAGGAAAGCGAGUCCGAAUCGCAUAUCUCACAGAAUGAUAACAGGUACUCUGGAUUCGAAUUUGGUGACCUGGGUGGAGUGGAGCCAUCGGAUCAGCAGCAGACAGGCGACACUGGUAGUAUAAAUUACCUCACAGAGGAAAGUGGCAGUGGUGUGGAGGCUCAGGGGUGGGGUUCUACACCUAUUGCUACUGCAUCAGAAAUCCAUCUACCUUUACAGGGCCACUCUGGCGACUCCGUGGUUAUUGAAAGCAUAGCCGGAAAGGGGCAACUUCGAUCAGUUAGUGGACCACCAUUUGAACAGCGCACUUGA